AUGUCUAAUGGAUAUCGCACUCUGUCCCAGCACCUCAAUGACUUGAAGAAGGAGAACUUCAGCCUCAAGCUGCGCAUCUACUUCCUGGAGGAGCGCAUGCAACAGAAGUAUGAGGCCAGCCGGGAGGACGUCUACAAGCGGAACAUUGAGCUGAAGGUUGAAGUAGAGAGCCUGAAAAGAGAACUCCAGGGCAAGAAACAAGAACUGGAUAAAACAUGGGCUGAUGGGGAGAAUCUAAACAACCAUAAUGAAGCUGAGCUCCGGCGCCAGUUUGAGGAGAGACAGCAGGAGACAGAGCAUGUUUAUGAGCUCUUAGAGAAUAAGAUCCAGCUUCUGCAGGAGGAGUCCAGACUAGCAAAAAAUGAAGCUGCACGAAUGGCUGCUCUGGUGGAAGCAGAGAAAGAGUGUAACCUGGAGCUCUCAGCGAAACUGAAAGGUGUCACCAAGGACAGGGAAGUUGCACCUGGAGACCAGAUCAAGCAUGAACAGUACACUGAGGCCCUGGCCGACAGGGACAAAAAAAUUGAAGAACUGAGUCAGAGCCUUGCUGCCCAGGAGAGGCUGGUACAACAGCUAUCUAAAGAGAAACAAUUGCUGCACCUGUUGGAAGAGCCAGCUAGCAUGGAAGUACAGCCCAUGACAGAAGAGCUACUCAAACAACAAAAGCUAAAAUCAAAUGAGACCACUAUAACUCAACAGUGUGUAUCUGAGUCCCACUUAGCAGAACUCCAGGAAAAAAUCCAGCAAACAGAGGCCACUAACAAGAUUCUUCAAGAGAAACUAAAUGAAAUGAGCUUUGAACUAAAGUCUGCUCAAGAGUCAUCUCAGAAGCAAGAUGGUACAAUUCAAAGCCUCAAAGAAACCCUGAAAAGCAGGGAAAGUGAGACUGAAGAGUUGUACCAAGUGAUUGAAGGUCAAAAUGACACAAUGGCAAAGCUUCGAGAAAUGCUACACCAAAGCCAGCUUGGACAACUUUAUAGUUCAGAGGGUACUUCUCCAGCCCAACAACAGGUGGCUUUGCUUGAUCUUCAGAGUGCUUUAUUCUGCAGCCAGCUUGAAAUACAGAAGCUUCAGAGGGUGGUACGACAGAAAGAACGCCAACUGGCUGAUGCCAGACGACGUGUGCAAUUUGUAGAAGCUGCAGGCCAUGAGAGAGAACAGCAGAAAGAGGCUUUGUGGAAACAUAACCAGGAAUUAAGAAAAGCCCUGCAGCAACUACAAGGAGAACUGCAGAAUAAAAACCAACAACUUCAUACCCUGGAGGCUGAAAAAUACAGUGAGAUUCGAACCCAGGAGCAGAACAUUCAGCAUCUAAACCAUAGUCUAAGUCACAAAGACCAGCUGCUACAGGAAUUUCGGGAGCUCCUGCAAUAUCGGGAUAGCUCAGACAAAACCCUUGAAGCGAAUGAAAUGCUGCUUGAGAAACUUCGGCAGCGGAUCCAAGAUAGAGAUGCUGCUCUCGAGCGGGUCAUCGAUGAAAAGUUCUCUGCUCUAGAAGAAAAAGAAAAAGAACUGCGUCACCUUCAUCUUGCUGUUAGGGAACGAGAUCAUGACUUGGAAAGACUGCGUGGUGUCCUCUCCUAUAAUGAAGCUACUAUGCAAAGUAUGGAGAGUCUCCUGAGGGCCAAAGGCCUGGAAGUGGAACAGUUAUCUGCUACCUGUCAAAACCUCCAAUGGCUGAAAGAAGAAAUGGAAACCAAAUUUAGCCAUUGGCAGAAGGAACAAGAAAGUAUUGUUCAGCAGUUACAGACAUCUCUGCAUGACAGGAACAAGGAAGUGGAGGAUCUUAGUGCAACAUUACUCUGCAAGCUUGGACCUGAGCAGAGCGAAAUAGCUGAGGAGCUGUGCCAGCGUCUACAUCGGAAGGAAAGGAUGCUGCAGGACCUUCUAAGUGACCGGAACAAACAAGCUGUGGAACAUGAAAUGGAGAUUCAGGGCCUGCUUCAGUCUAUGAGCACCAGGGAGCAGGAGGGCCAGGCUGCUUCAGAGAAGAUGGUACAAGCUCUAAUGGAAAGAAAUUCAGAAUUACAGGCUCUACGCCAGUAUUUAGGAGGGAAAGACAUCAUGAUGUCCCAAGCGCUUAUCUCUAACCAACCAGCUGAAAUUACCUCCAUUGGCCUCCAUCUUGGAGAGCAGCCUGAUCAAGGUUCAAUGCAAAUACCCUCCAGAGAUGAUAGCACUUCAUUGACUACCAAAGGGGAUUCCAGCAUACCCAGGUCCACAUUAGGAGACUUGGAUACAGUUGCAGGCAUGGAAAAAGAACUGAAUAAUGCCAAAGAAGAACUUGAACUCAUGGCUAAAAAAGAAAGGGAAAGUCGAAUGGAACUUUCUGCUUUACAGUCUAUGGUGGCUGUGCAAGAAGAAGAGCUGCAAGUGCAGGCUGCUGAUAUGGAGUCCCUGACCAGGAACAUCCAGAUUAAAGAAGACCUCAUAAAGGACCUGCAAAUGCAACUGGUUGAUCCUGAAGACAUACCAGCUAUGGAACGCCUGACCCAAGAAGUCUUACUUCUUCGUGAAAAAGUGGCUUCAGUAGAAUCUCAGGGUCAAGAAACUUCAGGAAACCGAAGACAGCAAUUGCUGCUAAUGCUAGAAGGACUGGUAGAUGAACGGAGCCGUCUCAAUGAAGCCUUACAAGCAGAGAGACAGCUCUAUAGCAGUCUGGUGAAGUUUCAUGCCCACCCAGAGAGCUCUGAGAGAGACCGAACUCUGCAGGUGGAACUGGAAGGGGCCCAGGUGUUACGCAGUCGGCUAGAAGAAGUUCUCGGAAGAAGCCUGGAACGCUUAAGCAGGCUGGAAACCCUGGCUGCCAUUGGAGGUGCAGCCGCAGGGGACGACACUGAGGAUGCGAGCACUGAGUUCACUGACAGUAUUGAGGAGGAGGCUGCACACAACAGCCACCAGCAAAUCAUCAAGGUAGCUUUGGAGAAAAGUCUAGCAGCUGUAGAUACCCAGAACAUACCUCUUCCUCCUCCUUCGCCAUCAGGAGGGGACAGUAACAGGGGUCUUCAGGAGGAAAUGCUCCACCUGAGGGCUGAGAUUCACCAGCACUUAGAGGAGAAGAGAAAAGCUGAAGGGGAACUGAAAGAGCUAAAGGCUCAAAUUGAGGAAGCAGGAUUCUCCUCUGUGUCCCACAUCAGGAACACCAUGCUGAGCCUUUGCCUUGAGAAUGCAGAGCUGAAAGAACAGAUGGGAGAAGCAAUGUCUGAUGGAUGGGAGAUUGAGGAAGACAAGGAGAAGGGCGAGGUGAUGGUGGAGACUGUGGUAGCCAAAGGGGGUCUGAAUGAGAAUAGCCUUCAGGCUGAGUUCAGGAAGCUCCAGGGAAAACUGAGGAAUGCCCAUAGUAUCAUCAACCUCCUCAAUGAGCAGCUGGUGCUGAGCAGUAAGGAAGGAAAUAGUAAACUUACUCCAGAGUUCCUUGUGUACCUGGCCAAGGAGAUCGACAGAAUGAACACAGAGCUGGUUUGGUCUUCCGGAAAGCACCAACACCAAGAGGAGGAAGAUGUGACCAUGAGGCCCUGCCCCAGACCCCAGAGCCUUGCCCUUGGGGUUGCAUUCUCAGCAGAUGCCCACCAAAUGGAAAACUCACCCCAAACCAGUGACCCUGGGCCACAGUCAGAAUUUAGCCUCCCAGGAUCCACGAAGCACCUGCGCUCGCAGCUGGCACAAUGCAAGCAACGCUACCAAGAUCUCCAGGAGAAGCUGCUGAUAUCAGAAGCUACGGUCUUUGCCCAGGCCAACCAGCUGGAGAAAUACAGAGUCAUGUUUACAGGUGAAUCCACGGUGAAGCAGGACAGCAAGCAGGUACAGGUGGACCUCCAGGAUCUGGGCUAUGAGACAUGUGGCCGAAGUGAGAAUGAGGCUGAGCAGGAGGAGACCACUAGUCCUGAGUGUGAAGAGCAUGACAGCCUCAGGGAAACAGUCCUGAUGGAGGGACUGUGUUCUAAGCAGGAGUGCCUGGGCUCAGCACUGACAAGUCACCCCAGGAAGAUGCCCCUGGAGAGGCAGCUAGGGAAGCAGGAGGAGUUCCAGGCAUAUGGACAGUCAGAAGACAUCUCUGUCCUACAGAAGGACAUCAAAGAUCUGAAGGCCCAGCUGCAGAACUCCAACAAGGUCAUUCAAAACCUCAAGAGCCGGGUGCGGUCCCUCUCAGUUACAAGUGAUUAUUCGUCUAGUCUGGAAAGACCUCGAAAGCUGAAGGCCCUUGGCACACUUGAGGGGUCUUCACCUCAUAGUGCCACUGAUGAGGAUGAAGGGUGGCUGUCUGAUGGCACUGGAGCUUUCUACUCCCCAGAACUUCAGGCUAAAAAAGAUCUAGAGAGUCUCAUUCAGAGAGUGUCACAACUGGAGGCCCAGCUCCCGAAAACUGGACUGGAAGGGAAGCUGGCAGAGGAGCUGAGAUCAGCCUCAUGGCCUGGGAAAUAUGAUUCCCUGAUUCAGGAUCAAGCCCGAGAACUAUCCUACCUACGGCAGAAAAUACGAGAAGGAAGAGGUAUCUGUUACCUUCUCACCCAGCAUGUGAAAGAUGCAAUAAAAUCUUUUGAGGACCUCCUGAGGAGUAAUGACAUUGACUACUACCUGGGGCAGAGUUUUCGGGAGCAACUUGCCCAAGGAAGCCAGUUGGCAGAGAGGCUGACCAGCAAACUCAGCACCAAGGAUCAUAAAAGUGAGAAAGAUCAAACAGGACUUGAGCCACUCGCCCUUAGGCUCAGCAGGGAGCUGCAGGAAAAGGAGAAAGUGAUUGAAGUCCUGCAGGCCAAACUGGAUGCCAGGUCCCUAACCCCCUCCAGCAGCCGGGCCUUGUCUGACUCCCAGCGCUCUCCUAGCAGCACCUCCUUGCUGUCUGAUGAACUGGAAGCCUGCUCUGACGUGGAAACCGCCAGCGAGUACACACACUAUGAAGAGAAGAAAGCUUCACCUGGUCACUCAGAUUCCAUCCAUCACUCGAGUCAUUCUGCUGUAUUGUCUUCUAAACCAUCAUCAACCAGUGCAUCUCAGGGGGCUAAGGCCGAAUCCAGCAGCAACCCCAACUUGCCAACUCCCCAGAAUUCCCCUAAGGAGGCCAGCCAGGCCCAUCCAGGCUUUCAUUUUAACUCCAUGCCCAAGCUGGUUAGCUUCCCCCAGGCUCCAUUGCCCUCAGCUCCACCCAGCUUCCUGCCCUUCAGCUCCCCUGGCCCUCCCCUCCUUGGCUGCUCUGAGACACCGGGGUUCUCCUUGGCCGAGGCUCAACAGGAGCUGCAGAUGCUGCAGAAGCAGUUGGGAGAAAGUGUCACCACUGGCCCUCCUACUACACUGCCAAGUAAUCAUUUGGAAGAUAGCUCUUCCUACCACCUUAACCCUGCCCAGUCCCUCUCUUCUCCAAGAAGCACCAGAGACCUGGACAGAAUCCUGGAGCCUGGGUACCUGGGCAGUAGUGGCUCAUGGGACAUGAUGAGGCCUCAGAAAGGAAGUAUAUCUGGAGACUUAUCCUCAGGCUCCUCUGUGUGCCAGCUUAACUCCAAACCCACAGGGGCCGACCUGCUAGAGGAGCAUCUGGCUGAAAUCCGGAACCUGCGCCAGCGCCUGGAGGAGUCCAUUUGCAUCAACGACCGCCUGAGGGAGCAGCUGGAACACCGGCUCAGCUCCACCACCCGUGGAGGCGGAUCCUCCACUAACUUCUGCAAUCAGAGCCUGGACUCCAUACCUCAGCUCUACAAUGAGAACAGGGUGCUCAGGGAAGAAAACCGGAACCUUCAGGCUCAGCUGAGUCACAUUUCCAGAGAACACUCCCAGGAAACUGAAUGCCUGAAGGAAGCUCUACUGUCAUCACGAUCUCGGCUUCAAGAGCUAGAAAUGGAACUGGAGCACCAAAAGGUGGAACGGCAGCAGCUUUUGGAGGACUUGAAGGAAAAGCAGCAGGAGGUCUUGCAUUUCCAGGAGGAACGAGUAUCCCUCCAAGAAAAAGACUCCAGGCUGCAGCACAAACUGACCCUCCUGCAGCAACAGUGUGAAGAGAAACAGCAGCUCUUCCAGUCCCUCCAAUCUGAGCUACAGAUCUAUGAGGCCCUUUAUGGCAAUUCCAAGAAGGGGCUGAAAGCUUACAACUGGAAUGCCUGUCACCAAGUUCCCUUGAGCAGUGACUUGAGCCACUUGGUGGCAGAGGUUCGAGCUUUGAGAGGGCAGCUGGAGCAGAGCAUUCAGGUGAACAAUUGUCUGCGGCUGCAGCUGGAGCAGCAAUUGGAUGGCGGUUCAAGCAAAGCCAACCUCAGCCCCUCCUCCCCUGUUACCCAAAACUUCCUAGUCAACACGGACUCUGGGGACAAGCAGCCAUUCUUCCAAGAUUCAGUGCCUUCCCCUCCGGUUCGGGAUGUUGGCAUGAGUUCUCCGGCUGUGGUCUUCCCCACCUCUUCCUCUGCUCUUGGCUCAGAGACCUCUGUCUUCAACAGGACAAAUGAGCUGAGUUCAGAUGCUUCUCCAGUAAUGAAGAACCCUCCCAAGCUGGAGGGUGAUGCUACUGAUGGCUCCUUUGCCAAUAAGCACGGUCGCCAUGUCAUUGGCCACAUUGAUGACUACAGUGCCCUAAGACAGCAGAUUGGGGAAGGCAAACUGCUGGUCAAAAAGAUAGCAUCUCUCAUGAGAUCAGCAUGCAACUUCCCUGGCCUUGAAGCUCAAGGCACAGAGCCUCAGGAUUGUCCUUGGGGUCCAUCUGUUCCCCCUGUCCAGGUGCUCAGCAAUGAACAUGCGCAUGAGCUUUGGAGCAGCACCUGUGCCCUGCACCACACCUUGGAAGAGUCGGUCUCCCUCCUCAACAUGUUCUGGCGAGCGGCCUUACCAGACAGCCACAGCCCUGCUCAGCCUGGCAAAAUGGGAGAAUCAAUGAAAAGGGAACUUCUGGAACUGAGAACCAAACUCUCCAAACAUGAGAGCCUCCUUCAGAGCACCACUGAGCAACUGAAGACUGCCAACGAGCAGAAGGAGAGCAUGGAGCGGUUUAUCUUCAGCCAGUUGACCAGGACACAUGAUGUUUUGAAGAAGGCGAGGACUAACUUGGAGGUGAAAUCCCUACGGGCUCUGUCGUGCACUCCAGUCUUGUGA